AUGUCCGGCGGCGGCGUCCCUCGCUCCCUGCGAGCCUGCAUGGUCUGCUCCUACGUGCAGCAGCAAUCCCGCUUCGUUAAGAACGGCUGCCCCAACUGCGAUCACUUCCUGGAAAUGCGUGGCAGCGCGGACGUCGUCAGCGAAUGCACGAGCGAAGUCUUUGAGGGACUGCUGACGGUCAACGACACCACCGGCAGCUGGGUGGCCAAGUGGCAGCGCAUCGUCGGCUAUGUGUCGGGCGUCUACGCGGUCAAGGUGAAUGGAGUGGUAAGUCAUCGAGGUCAUCGGAAACGGCGUUAGAGAGGGAGAGAGAGAGAGGGGAUCGCAGGGGUGCUGAUUUUUUUUUUUUUGCCCUCCAGCUGGCGGAGGAUUACGUUGCUGCUGCGGAGAGCGCUGGUGUCAAAUACAUACCGUGAGUGAUGAUGGGCAACGAAUCCUGGAAAUUGCCGGGCAUGGCUGACGGAAAUUUCCAGGCGUGACGGCAGCGCGAGUACUGAUGAAUAG